AUGAGCCUGGAUCAGCUGGAUACGAUCCCCGUAUCUUGGGGGGGGGCCAUUCGAAGAUCGGGGAAAGAUGAUCUUAGACUGAUGACGCUUCUUUUGGAUUACGGGGCCGAUCCCAACUUUCGUGGCAAAUCUGACAUGGACCCUCCUAUGUUCAUUGCAACAAGUCUCUGGCAUACCAGAAAAAUGGCAUUGCUACUCGCUCGAGGCGCUGUCAUGUCGGAUCCAGUCUUCACAAAAGCGCAGCACCCGCUCCACACCGCAGCAUUGCGAGCUGAAGCGAGCACGGUCAAAUUGUUAGUUGAUGCUGGCUGUGAUGUGAAUAUUCGAGAUCUCCACGGGAAAACAACUCUGAUGCAGGCGGCUGAGCAUGCCUCCAAAGAAACCGUGCAAAUGCUUUUGGACAUGGGCGCCGAUCCUCAUCUCAAACAAAAUGAUGGAAGCAAUGCGUUGUUUGCGGCGCUUCUGAACAAAGAUAAAGCACAAUCCAUUGCAAUUACUCGGCUCUUGUUGGACUGCGGAGUCGACGUGAGACUUACGGACAACAGACAGCGGACUCCUCUUCUUUAUGCUCUAUGCCACUCUGGCUCCCAUCUAUGUCCGGAAAAUAUGGAAGCACUGGUAAAAUGCGGUACCAAUAUCUCUGCACAAGACGGCGAAGAGAGAAGUGCUCUCCACUAUAUUGCUAAGCAGGCUAAACCAGCUGUUGUGAAAUGGGCGUGUGAUGUUGGAGCCGAUGUGAACCGGUGCGACAAUCUUGACGAGACUCCUCUAUUUUGGGCCCUCCAAAGCCCUGUACACUCAAGCAAGGCUACCACGGUACGGGUGCUACUUGAUCAAGGCGCCGACGUCAACCAUACCAACAUGCUCGGAGAAACUCCUCUCAUGUUCGCUGCAAGUACGUGGUCAAUAGAGUCAGCGCGACUUCUCAUCAAACGUGGAGCCAACGUGCACUGCAAAGACACGGAAGGAAAGACGCCUUUGCACUGGGUUACCACUGCAAAUUCUCCCUCGCUUACCGACGACCCUCGGAAACUCAUUGAGCUCUUCAUUUCAAGUGGCGUAGACGUGAAUGCCCGAACUCCCGCCGGGUUCACCGCACUGUCUAUGAUCAGCGACCUACGUCCCAUUAUGAAGAAGCCAAAGAAUUUCCUGAUCCAGAAAGGCGCCAGUAGAUGA